CUUUCACACAACCAUCAACGCGUCAAACAAUUUCAAAGCAAAGUUCCAAUUCACAAUCCAAAGCAUUUGUAUUAGGAUUUCAACUGUAUCCUCUUUUUAUUACCUUUUCAAACACUCAUCUCUCAAAUCAACCGUCGAAAUGCCUCCCAAGAAGGAAACCAAGGCUGAGGGCGCUGCCCCCAAGACCUCUUCGCACCCUACGUACCAGGCCAUGAUCACUGAUGCCAUCAUCAACCUCAAGGACCGGAAUGGCAGCAGCCGCCCUCAACUCAAGAAGUAUGUCAAGGCCAACAACAAGCUUGGCGAGGUAACGGACAGCAUGUUCGACUCGCUCUUCAACCGUGCCCUCAAGGCCGGUGUCGACAAGGGAGUUUUUGAGCAGCCCAAGGGACCUUCUGGAGGUACCAAGCUGGCCAAGAAGGCUGCGCCCAAGAAGGAGGCUGCUCCUAAGAAGGUGGCCAAGAAGGACGACGCCAAAGCCGCACCGAAGAAGGCUGCCCCGAAGAAGGCCGCAGCUCCUAAGGAGAAGAAGGAGAAGGACGCCGCCGCUGCCGCCGAGAAGCCUGCUGCCCCCAAGAAGGCGGCUCCCAAGAAGGCUGCCGCGGCCAAGAAGGACGCCGCUCCCAAGGAGAAGAAGGAGACCAAGGAGAAGAAGCCCGCCGCCGACAAGGCACUCAGCAAGACCAAGACCGGACGUGUUGCCAAGGCACCUGCGACAGCCAAGCCAGCGGCGGUCAAGAAGGCUGCGCCGAAGAAGGCAGCGGCCCCGAAGAAGGCCACCCCUAAGAAGACUGAAAAGGCCGAAGCAACUGCCGCAUAAGGGACCGUUACGACCUUUUUGUUACUUCAUGUUUCUUCAUCUGUCUUGUCACUUGGGCGUUUAGAGCGUUUCUUAUCAUGGGUAUAUUUUUGGGAGGUGCGACGGAAAGCUAUCUGGGGUUCUGUGUCUGGGAUUUUUGUUUCUGUAUUGUGUUUCUGUGUUCACCGCAGGGCUGUGAUGCUUUGGGCCCUUUUUUCAUGUCUUUUCCAUGACGCGUGCGGGCGGCGGGCCUUGGGCGUAUGAGUCGUGUCUUGAUACCAUUUGGCGCGCGCGCAGGGUCCUUGAGAUUUUUGGGGCGAUUGUGUGGGAGGGUUUUCAAAGCUGGGGAUGCGCGUAUAAUUAUACCACAAAUGAAUGCAUGGUGAAUAUUUCAAACC